AUGAUGAUGAAAUCCUGCCACCUGGUGUUAAUGGUGCUGCCGUUCCUCUCCUGCUACGGUGAGGGUAUGCUGGCCGAGGAACAGCUACCCUGCAUCCCUAGAGUGUUUGACAGCACCUCCUUCGUGUGCGUGUGCAACGUCUCCUACUGCGACACCCUGCCCUCCCCAACUCUUCCAGCUUCAGGAGAGUACUUGGUUUACACCUCCGAUCUCGCCUCUCGCAGAUUCUUCCAGACCAAGAGCACCUUAACCGUGUCCCUUGAUG